CUGCCACCACAGGCGCUGCUGCAGGCCCACGACGUGGUCGCCCACGAGGUUUACAGUGACGAGGCCCUGCGGGUCACCCCCCCGCCCACCUCGCCCUACCUGAACGGGGACUCCCCAGAGAGCGCCAACGGGGACAUGGACCUGGAGAACGUCACCCGAGUGCGUCUGGUCCAGUUCCAAAAGAACACAGACGAGCCCAUGGGCAUCACGCUCAAGAUGAACGACUCCAACCACUGCAUCGUUGCCCGGAUAAUGCACGGAGGAAUGAUCCACAGACAAGGCACGCUGCACGUAGGAGAUGAAAUCAGGGAAAUCAACGGCAUCAGCGUGGCCAACCAGACGGUCGAGCAGCUGCAGAAGAUGCUGAGGGAGAUGCGAGGCAGCAUCACCUUUAAGAUCGUACCCAGUUACCGGGCGCAGGGCUCCUCGUGCGAGAAAGAGUCCCCCAACACCUCCAGGCAGUCCCCUGCCAAUGGCCACUCCAGCAUUAACAGUUCUAUCUUGGACCUGCCGUCCACCAUCCAGCCCAAGGGUCGACAGGUAACCGCUCACACUCCUCACACUCCCCCGGCGCAGCGCUCACAUCCCUCCUCUCACUCAGAAAUGGCCCAGUUCGAAUACGACCCGUCCAAAGACGAGCUCAUCCCCUGCAAGGAGGCCGGCAUCCGCUUCCGCGUGGGCGACAUCAUCCAGAUCAUCUCCAAGGACGACCACAACUGGUGGCAGGGCAAGCUGGAGAACACCAAGAACGGCACGGCGGGCCUCAUCCCGUCGCCCGAGCUGCAGGAGUGGCGGGUGGCGUGCAUCGCCAUGGAGAAGACCAAGCAGGAGCAGCAGGCCAGCUGCACCUGGUUCGGCAAGAAGAAGAAGCAGUGCAAAGACAAAUAUCUGGCAAAGCACAACGCAGUGCAUGGGGCGGGGCGGGCUGAGUGGGCCAGCAUGGGAUGGGGGUGGGGGGUGGGGGGGCAGAGCCCUGCAUUAUUCAUCCCGGUUUCAAAUGGCAUGGCAGCGUCUCACACUUUGUCCCCUCAGCAUGGGGUGUCGGCUGCAGCCCCCCGCUCAAAUGUCCCCACCAGGCCCUACGACCUGUGA